AUGGAACCUAUGCCUUAUAGGCGAGCUUUCGGUGGGCCAGGCUCAUCGGCAACUAGUAGUCGUACAUUGGCCGAGUUGGCAGCAUCAGUAGCAGCACCACAAGAUGAAGAUGCUUUCGUAGAUGUGUCGGGCCUAGCAAAAGUGAGACAAACAGUGACAGGUGCUUGCCGUAAAUGUGGGUAUCCUGGGCAUCUUCCAUAUCAGGUAAAUCCAAAAAUAAAUUUCUAUGUUUACUGAUG